GGGUACCGACUGCCAUCCUGCCGCAAUUUCCCUGUGUCAUGGCUCCGGUCUCUUAGCAACAGCCGCCAGUCCGGCCGCCCGGAGUCGCCGCCGCGGGCUCAACUCCACCCGGCGGAGCCCGGCGCGCCGCAGCCACACAAAAGAAGCGCAAGGGCCGGGGACCGCGCGGCCGCAGGGGCCCGCUCGGGAGCGCCCCGGGAGGGGACACCGAGAACUGGAGGAGGAGCGCCGGAGGGCAGAAGGGCUCCGAGGCAGGAUGCAGGAUGCGGAGGACCUGACACUUCUUGGAAACUCUUGGAAAUGGCUCCCGCCACAGCGCCGGAGGGGGUUGCGAGCUCGGGGAGGACGCUCGCCCCCGCUGGGCUGCUGAGCAGCGCUCGCGUGGAGGGCCCCGAGGCGCUGUCCCUGCGCCCCGCCGUCGGCUCGGGCUGAAAAAGUUUCUCCAUGGUUCCUUUGUGUCGCCCGAGCGCCCGUUCGCCGGCCCCGAGCUUCCCCGGUCUCCCUGGCAGGAGGAGGUGGGGAAGCAGCUAGUGGGCAGCUGGCGCUCCCUCUGCACAAGCCUCGACCGCAGACCCACCGGGGAUCCCCCAUCUCCAGGAGUCCGCCAUGAUCGCCACCGGAGGCCUGCUGAGGAUUUCCGCCAGAAAGCAGGAUCCCCUCCGCCCCCAGAGCCAGGUCCCUAAGCGCAAGAGAAAAGCCAAGAAGAGACGCAAGAAUGACGUGGUAGUGGUGAAAGGCAAGCUGAAGCUCUGCUCCAUCUCAGGCCUCAUAGCCCUCUGCGGGAUCCUGGUGCUGCUGGUGGGCAUAGCCAUGGCUGUGGUGGGCUACUGGCCAAAGGCCAACGCUGCCAGUAGGGAGGGAAGUAAGCAGCUGCUGUCUCAGGGCAGUGGCCACCACGUCCAGGCCACCAACGCCAACAGUAGCAAUGGCAACAAAAACUCAUCCAGGAGUCACCCUGGGACUCCAGAGGGUGUCAACUCCAGUUCCGUGGGCGUGCCCAGAAGCACGCCUCCAGCGCGGUCAGCCGCCCCUCCCUCAUCCUCUUCCACCUCGGUGGGCUUCUUCUUCCGCAUCUUUUCAGGCUACUUGCACUCGGACAAACUCAAAGUCUUUGGGCCCCUCAUUAUGGGCAUCGGCAUCUUCCUCUUCAUCUGCGCCAACGCGGUACUGCACGAAAACCGGGACAAGAAGACCAAGAUCAUCAACCUACGUGACCUCUAUUCCACCGUCAUCGACGUGCACAGUCUUCGCGCCAAAGACCUGGCGGCCGCCGCCGCAGCGGCCGCAGCCGCCGCUGCCUCCUCGUCGUCGUCCUCGGCUCCCGCCUCGGCGCCCCCUGGAACUGCACCGCUCAACGGUUUCCUGAGCUACGUGCAAUCGCGGGGACUGGAGCUGAAGACCGGGGGUUGUGGAGGUUCUGGGGACACCUUCGGGGCGGCGGCGAUGCUGGCCCGGGGUUCCUGGCCCCACCCCACGGCACUGGGCGGGGGCAGCGGAAGGGCCCGGGGCUCGGCAUCCCCACCCGACUUAGCCUCAUCCCCGCGCUGCCCGCGAGAGCCCCCGAGCCUGGCGGAGGCCGUGUACAGUAUCUACCGCGAGCGCUCCGGCGUGACCGGCCGUCGCCGGGCCGCAGCCGCUGGCGCCGCCACCGUGGUUACCGCCGCCGCCACUGCCACCGCGGCCGCCAGCGGCAGCAGCAGUCCGGCGCCCUGCAGCCCACCCGAGAGCUGGGGGCGCCAGAGCACCGCCAGCUCCCUCGUGGGCUCCUCGCUAAGCGCCUUUGCGCUGUUGCCCUUACAAGGGGACCGCGACAGGGACGGAGAAGCGGAGGGAGCGAGCUGCAGCUGGCAGAGGCCACCAGGUGAACGCGGCUCCCGGGAAAUCCCGCGGGGCGAGCUUGAACUGAGCUUGACCGACCUUCGCGGCGCGGAGGGCGGUGCGCACUGGGCGCCUGGGGAGCUGGAUGAGCCCGGGGGCGUGGCGGCGGCGCACACCGCCAGGGGGCAUGGAGGCCGUCUGCCCAGGACCGGCAGGUAUGCGGCCUUGAGGCGCCGCAGCACCAGCGGGCUCCCGGACUACCGGGCGCCACCAUCCCCCGAACCCCCGCCCUCCCCGCGCGGUGCGGACCUGGACUCUAGCCUUCAGGACACAGCCGCCUUCCCCUCGCCUCCCCUGCGACUGGAGGACUCCUCCCUCGCCAGGCGGGACUCGCGAAGCUCCCAGUCGGAUGACCUCUCCAGUAGCAAUAAGGGCUACAGCCCCCUGCGGGAGGCCGGCACCUCCUUGGAGUCAGUGGUGGACGUAGUAGCCAGUAAAAGUCAAGACUGUGAAGCCGCCACCGUUUUGGAUGCGGAGCAGGACCUCUCGGAGUGUCCCAGCCAGGAGCCACCUAUGGCUGAGCAACCUCAGGCAGUGCAGAGGCAGUUUACAAACAAGGAGAAACUCUUCAUGAUUUCCCGGUCUCAUGCCACAGGCGUUGAAGAGGGAGAGCUGGAAAGCACUGGCAUUUAGGGGGAAAGGAGAGAGAAGAUGGGAGAAAUGCUCAUUUGAAUUAGAGCUUUAACAGCUCCCUUUUCCUUUGUUGACCGGUCUGAGGAAAUCAUCCAAUAUCCAAAGAGCUGCAGAAUGUUAUUCUUGAAUUGCAUUCACAAGAUUCUUGUAGAUAACUCCAAGCAAUUUUUUUUAAAAAGCUAACUAGUCUUUUUAUGUCCGAUGGUGAUUGUAUGUUUCAUGAAAACCAAAUGUAUUAAAAGGUCAGCAAUCUAGUUCAUUAGAUAAAAUUCUCUUAAUUUUCUUAGAAUCAAAAUAAUAUAUUUUUUACAGUAACUGUGCACUUUACUUCAAUUUUUUUUUGUUUUGUUUUUGAUCCCUAAUUUCCCUAACCCCUGUACUCUGCGGCUGGUUUUGUGGAUUGCUGCUUCUGACAAGCUUUUAUUUUUUUUCCCUCCCUCUCUUUGUGGAGCAUAGAAGGGUUUGUCUCAGUUCUCUUAGAACUGGUCUUUCUAAAUGAAGUCAAAGCCAAAAGCAUGAGUAAUUCAGGAAAGAGCACUUUCUUUGCCCCAUCCCACUCUGCUCUUGCAACUGUCCAAAGGCCUCUUUAUUUUUUAAAAGGGUAUUUGCAUUUUGAUACUAGCGUAUGUUGCCGAGACUAGAGGGAUCCAGAAGCUAGGUGGACUGUUACAUUCCUAAGGUCACAAUAUCAAGUACAACAUGCUUUGUUGAGUAUUAUCACUCCUGUAUUGAAAAUAGCAUUAAUAUUUAAAGUCUUUUUUAAUAAAAGAAGUUUCCAAACAAACAGUUAAACAUAUGAUCACUUCAUUUUGCCUGGGAACUAAUGCUACUUCUAAAACUCAGUAAACAUUUAACAGUUUAUCUGGUGAAUCUAAAAUAGUUUGCUAUGACAUUGCUACUUUGUAGUUAUCUUUCCCCAAAGUAUGAAUGAAAGUAUGAGUACAUCAAUAGAUUUCCAGUAUAUUUUUAACUUUUAAAAACAUAGGGCAGUAUUUAACAUUUGGAGUUCCUCUUUUGAGUGGAAUGAAACAAUGAA